UCUGGCCUUUGCCUGGGUUUUGUACAUCGCUCUGGAGUUGCCAUCAUUCCAUCGAUCCAUUAGUCAAUCCCUGUUUCUGGAGCUGCUGCUGCUGCAGGACACCCGAUUGAUUGCUUGUGACAGGUCCACGGCGUUUUCUCCCCCCUCCAUCUCGACUCUUUCUGGUUGUUAUCACUGCCUCCAGUGGUAGGAUUUCUCGAGGUUUAGCGCCACCAUGCGCCGCCUCUCUUGUCUCUUGAGUGACAGCAACUGAGGAACGAAUUAUUUUUCAAAGUUGAUAUUGCAUCGUGAAGCACAGUUCAGAGUAUUUUUAAUGCUCUUUGAGUAUUUCAAGAUGGCUCCAACAAAAUUACUGCUGUCGAUAGUUCUCCUUGGCUUAGUUCUUAGCACUGCAACAGUGGUUAAAGCAGACGAAGGUAUCAAUCACGAGGAUGACAACGAAGUUUUACAACUCAAAAUCAAGAUUAAUAUUCUGGAGGAGGAAUCUAAGACCAAAGAGUUGAUUCUGUCUGAGAAACAAUCGAAGAUUACCGCACUGGAGCAAGAAUUUAAUACUCUUCAAGCUCGCAAAGAGGCUUCCGAAAACGAAGCCCUCGCCCAGCAGAAGAUUGAUUCCGCCAUGUCAAAGGUCCGCGAGUUGGAGUCCCAGCUCCAGUCUCUGCAAGCAGAGACCGAGAAACUUAGAGUGGAGGCAAAUCUAUACGCAGACUAUGCAAAAUCUGUAGAAGAGUCUGCAAACACACAUUUGAAUGACAAGGAGAAGGUUAUCAAGGCUUUGGAGGACCAAAAAGACCGUCUUCAGAAGGCAGAAAGGGGGCUCCAAAUCGCAGAGGCUGCCAUGUUGAAGGCCAAAGCUGAGGCUGAGGAGAAGGCCAAAAAGCUUGAGGAGCUCCACAAGGGAUGGUUACCGCCAUGGGCCGCCACUCAUGCCGAAGCUCUUCAGGAGGUUGCAUCCUCUCGCUGGUCCACCCACGGGGCACCUGUCGCGGAGAACCUUCAGAGAACGGUGUCUAACAAAGCUGGUGAUCUUCACCAGUUCGUCAAGCCACAUCUCGACACUUUCCACUCGAAGGUGAACCCUGUGAUUCAGCAGAGAUGGCAGAAGCUUGUUCUUGCUGUUGCUCCUCAUCUCGAGACUGUGAAGAAGGCAGGGGUCUCGUCUCGCGAGUACAUCGCCCCGUAUGUAGCUACUGUUAAGAAGACUAUAAGCCCAUAUGUGGAGACUACCAGACAGAUGAUCAAGCCUUAUGUCGACCAGGUCAAGACAUUUGCAGCUCCUCAUCUGGAGAAAGUGAACACUGUGGCAGGUCCUCAUUACCGCCGCGCCGUGACCGCUGCCACGAGCUACCAUGAAAAAGUGCAGAGUCAUUUGAACGAAACUUUGGGGCAAUAUGAGUUUCUGUCCUCUUUCGUUAACAAUGACGUUAUUUGGUUUCUGGCUGCUGCUCUUCUCGCCCUCCCCUGCGUCACCGUCUUCAUGUUCCUUCGGUCGCUGUUCGCCCCCAAGAGAGUGGUUCAUCACCACAAGAGACACCGAAGCUCCCACAGCGGCCCCUCCUCCAAUAAGAAGAUCCGAAGGUCCAGGCAAACAGAUAAGUAAGUAGAGAAGUAGACUCUGGCUUUGAAUCUCGCAUGCUAAUGUUGUGUCAAUGCAUACAAGCAGUCAUCGCUGCUCCAGCAAGUUCUCGUCCCUGAUGUUCAACGCAAGAAGAGCAUCAGUGAGCUGGACUGCAGGUGACUGAAGCAGAGAUAUAGCAGAUCCGGAAUCCAGCGGAUGAAGCAAGUACAAAAUACUGCUUCUUUACUUUUGUUGCAGUUUUAAGUGUAUGAAAGGAGUACCAAUUUUGCCAUCAUCUAUCCGCAUUGCAACUUCUUGGCUAAA